AUGCAACAAGUGCCGUGCAUUCUUCAGCUGUUCGAAGCAGAUGAAAGAUGGAUUUGGGGAUAUUACACUGAUAACAAUGCAGACUCAACACAGGCAAGAAUUUCUGACAACCUGAAUAAGACAGAAUAUAAUCCGUGCGAUUUCCAAGCACCGGAAAGGCCUGAUUUUAGCGCACCCGGCCGCAGGAUCAGUCACGUGAGUGUUAAGUAUUAUCGGGAAAAAGACGACAAAGGUAUACGUCCUACAAUUGGCCCUGCUAUUGGAGGACGUGAUACACUUCCUGGAGAAUUCCCACAUAUGGGAGCCAUUGGUUGGAAAUCAGUUUUGGGUACAUGGCUAUUCAAAUGCGGGGGUUUCCUCAUCAGUGACAAGUUCGUGUUGACAGCAGGGCACUGUUCCAAGGCUUCAAAGAGGGACACUUCUAUUGCUGACGUUGAUCCUAAGAUUGUGAGGUUGGCAGACAAAAAUAUAGUGGAGGGGGGAUUAUAUGUGGAUAUGCCAAUAUCGAGAAUUAUCAAUCAUCCUGAUUGCAAUCCACCGAAGAAAUAUAACGAUAUAGCCAUCAUAGAGUUACAGUAUCCAGUAUAUUUCACCAAAUUUAUUCAACCUGCAUGCCUUUACAGCGGCCAUGAACUCGAACUGGUUGGCCAAAAAGCCUCGUUGACUGGAUGGGGAGUGGUGGAAACUGUGAUGCUAGAUAUAUUGGAUACAAAGCUAUGCGACGACUUGUUAAAGCCGUCAUGCAACAGGCACUGGUGCGGUCUACAAGAUCACCAGAUAUGUGCUGGAGUUUUAACAGGAGGAGUGGACGCUUGCCAGGAAGAUGACGAGAGAUGGAUUUGGGGAUAUUAUAAUGAUACCAAUGCAGCCUUAACACAGACGAGAAUUUCAAAUAAUCUGAAUAACACAGAAUAUAAUCUGUGCGAAAUACAACCACCGAAAGUACCUGAUUUUAGCGCACCGGGCCGCAGGAUUAGCCACGCGAGUCGUGAAUAUUUGCGGAAUAAAGUCAGCGACAACGGUAGGAGACCCUUGCUAGGCACGCUGCACGCUGCUAUCGGAGGCCGUCUUACACUUCCCGGAGAAUUUCCACAUAUGGGCGCAAUUGGUUGGAAAUCUACUUUGGGUGCUUGGAUAUUCAAAUGUGGUGGUUCCCUCAUUAGCAACAAGUUCGUGCUAACGGCAGGGCACUGCUCUAAGGCUUCAGACAGGGACACCACUAUCGCUGAUGUCGAUCCAAAGAUUGUGAGGUUGGCAGAUAAAAAUAUUUUGGACAGGGAGAUAUAUAAAUAUGGAAUAGUACAAGUGGAUGCUAAAAUAUUGAGAAUCAUCACUCAUCCGGACUAUAAGCCGCCAAAGAAAUAUAACGAUAUAGCUAUCAUAGAAUUACAGAAGGAAGUGGUUUUUACCAAAUUUAUUCAACCAGCAUGUCUUCACAGCGACACUGAAAUCGAACUGGCUGGUCAAAAAGCUUCGAUGACUGGAUGGGGCGUGGUGGAAACUGUUAAUUACACUACGUCUCCGGAACUGCAAGUAGUCAUGCUAGAUAUAUUAGAUAAAAAACUAUGCGAUGAUUUGCUGAAGCCGUCAUGCAACAGGCACUGGUGCGGUCUACAAGACCACCAGAUGUGUGCUGGAGUUUUGGCAGGCGGAGUGGACGCUUGCCAGGAAGAGGAUGAACGAUGGAGUUGGGGAUAUUUUACUGAUAACAAUGCAGGCUUAACACAGGAAAGAAUUUCAGAUAACCUGAAUAACACAGAAUAUAAUCCGUGCGAAAUACAACCACCGAAAGUGCCUGAUUUUAGUGCACCGGGCCGAAGGAUCAGCCACGUGAAAUGUUUGGAAUAUAUUUGGGAUAUAAAAGCGAGAGAAGACGAAGAUAUAAGAAGACGAAAAUGUUCUGAAUAUACUCAGAGGAAAACAAAUAUAACUGUGUUCGCUGCUAUUGGCGGACGUCCGACACUGCCUGGAGAAUUUCCACAUAUGGAGAAAGAGUUAGUUGGGUAUGAUUUAACACACGUGGAUGCCAAAAUAUUGAGAAUCUUUAAUCAUCCUGAUUAUAAGCCCCCAAAGAAAUAUAACGACAUAGCCAUUAUAGAAUUACAGGAGGAAGUUCUUUUUACCAAAUUUAUUCAACCGGCAUGCCUUCAUAGCGGCGCUGAAAUUGGACGGGUUGGUCAAAAAGCCUCUAUGACUGGAUGGGGAGUGGUGGAAACUGUUAAUCGUACCACGUCUCCGGAACUACAAGUAAUAGUGCUAGAUAUAUUAGAUACAAAACUAUGCGACGACUUGUUAAAGCCGUCAUGCAACAGGCACUGGUGCGGUCUACAAGAUCACCAGAUGUGUGCUGGAGUAUUAGCAGGAGGGGUGGACGCUUGCCAGGGUGAUUCCGGUGGACCUUUGCAAGUUCAAAUGUUUCUGCCACAAAGAAAUGACAAUUGCGAGUUCUAUCAAUCAUGUAGACGGAUGCAUCAAGUGAUCGGAGUGACGUCAUUCGGAGUCGGCUGCGCGCUACCAAAUCUGCCCGGUGUCUAUACAAGAGUCUCCAGAUACCUUGAUUGGAUUGAAGAUAUAGUUUGGAAAUAA